AUGGUAAGAACAAGUACAGGUCAUGUGACCGAAAGAGCUCUGCAUUGUAAAUAGACAGCAGGGGCCAUGCCUUCAUAACGUCUUUAAAAACAACCAAAAAGGUCACUUAUCCCUUCUCGGGGACUCCUUAUCACCCUACGAGGAUUUUCUGUUCGAUUCCGCUUCAGAACGUCUAUAGUGUUAACCGACAGCAUGUACCGGUCUCUGUACGCCUUUCGAUCCGCUGAGCCCAACUCGCUGCACUUCUCUGCCGGGGAAAGCUUCCUAAUCCUGGAGAGGAGCAACAAACACUGGUGGCUGGGAUCCCGGUGCAGCUCCGGUGAGACCGGUUAUGUCCCCUCCUCAUACAUCGAAAAGAUCCAGGCUCCGGAGCAGGAUGAAGUGUUGCAGUCCAUUGACAGAGCCAUUGAAGGCAUCCAUAAUGUUGCCCUAAAGAAUGGAGGCAAAUACAAUCUGGAGCAGCGGGAUGUUCUACAAAAGUUGAUCCAUCACAGAAAGGAGACUCUGGCACGGCGGAGCCUUUCUAGUCACUCGCAAGGCCUCCCAGCGUCCAACAGUGAAAUCUCCCUCAGUCAGACUCCUCCGCCGCCUAAUGGCCUUAAUCGAGAUUACGGAAAACAAGGAGGUGUGCCGCUAUCAGGGAGCAUGGACAGCAUGCACAGAGAGCCGGGCGUUUAUCAGGUGCCCCCGCAGCCCCGACGAGCAGCUCCCAUAACUCCGCCCCCUCCUGAGAAACAGCGGAACAGUCAGCGUGCAGAGCCGGACAUCCCCUCCAGAGUGUCCUCGCUCCCCCCGUCCCCGGUCCCGUCCCUCAACAUCAGCACCACCUCUUUAGAAUCGGGCUCCUCCCACUCUGCGGUAUCCUCUGACGUCAGCUUGCCGAGUGUCUCCAGCACCCCUCCUCCCCCGGUGCCAUCCCGCAUCAAACCCGCAUCAGACACCCCCCUUCAGAAUGCCCCGGUCAAGAAGAACCCGGCCCCUCAGCCUCCUCAACCAGCUGUCGAGGAUGAGCAGCCGGAGGCCGAGUGGCCGGUCGCCCCGCCGUGUGUCGCCGAGAGCCCCCCCGGCAGCCCCGCUCCCUCCGAAGCGGUUCCAUCGACCAUCGGUGCGGAGCUCAUCGAGCUGGUGCGGAAGAACACGGGCUUGAGUUACGAGCUGUCGCGGGUGGCUGUGGGGGUGGUGGUGGGACACCUGCAGAGCACCCUGCCUCGCGCCUCCUCCGCCCUGGAGCGGGUUCUGGUGUCGCUGGUGGAGAGCAAGGACUCCAGUGCAGCAUUACCGCGAGGUCAGGUGUGUCACGACGAGCAACGGCUGGAGGUCAUCUUUGGCGACCUCGCCCGCCAUCGGGACGACUCCCAGCAACGCAGCUGGGCGCUUCACGAAGACCACGCCCUCAUUGCGUGCUACCUCGAGGAACUCCUGAAGAUACUGACGGACGCCGAUCCCGAGGUGUGUAAGAGGAUGUGCAAGGCCACCGACUACGAGAACGUGCUCUCUCUCGUUUCCUACUACCAGAUGGAGCUCCGUGUGACUUUGCGCCUCCUGCUGCUCAAAGUGUUUGGUGCAAUGUGCAGCCUGGAUGCUGCGCUCAUCUCUACCCUCCUCAACUCCAUCCUCCCCAUGGAGCUGGCCAGGGACUUACAGACAGACGCACAAGAGCACCAGAAGAUGUGCUACACAGCCUUGGUGCUCACCAUGAUUUUCUCCAUGGGUGAACAGGUGCCAUAUCAUCACUAUGAACACUUGAACGCCGACUUUGUUCAGUUCCUGCUGGAUGUGGUGGAAGACGGACAUCCCGCCGAUCCCACGGAGCAGCUGCCGGACAUUUUCCUCAACCUGCUGCUGGCCUUCAACCUGCACCACACAGUGCCGAGCAACAACGUGAUCAUGCAGCAGCUGAAGAAGAAAAACGUGAAGAUUCUCUCGGAGAAAGCGUUGCUGCUCCUCAACAGAGGAGACGACCCGGUGUGCAUGUUCAAGCACAAGCCGCCCGCCCCGCACUCGGUGCUCAAGUUUCUGCAGGACGUCUUCGCGAGUCGAGAGACGGCCGACAUCUUCUACCGCACCGACAUGAUGGUGAUGAUUGACAUCGCCGUGCGGCAGAUUUCUGACCUUUCACCUGGAGAUAAGCUGCGGAUGGAGUAUCUCUCCCUUAUGCACUCCAUCAUGCGAUCGACGGACUACUUGGAGCACCAGCACCGCCUCUGUGACCUUCAGGGGGCGCUGCAGAGGAUUCUCAGGGAGGAGGAUGACCCGGGGGAGGAUGAAGGGAGCGCCACGGCCAAACAGAUGGAUAAGCUAAUUGUACAGCAGAUCUACAAGGAGUUCCCGCAGAUGAGCCAAGCCUAAAACUAACACACACACACACACACACACACAGUAGUCCACUGCAGGGAGGCGCAGUCUGGAAAAGAAAACUGAUGCCCGGAAUGCUGGGAAAUGCAAUCACUCAUGCCAGUUUUUCCUUGGACGAGUCGUCCACUGCUGCAGCGUGCAUGCGACGUGAUGGAAUUCGUACACAUGUGACCAUAUCGGAGUUAUUAUUUGAGCGUGAUGUGCUUGUUUGUUUGUUGGAGUGACGGGAAAAUGCACAAAAUAUCCGAAAAAAUUUAGUCCGAAACAUAAAAGUAGGCCAAAACAAAAAUGUGCUCCACAGUGACUUUGUAGCAAUAAUGAGCCCCUAUUCACUUAAGGCCCCAUAUUGGAAUAUUUUAAAGUAUUUUAAAGUAUUUUAAAGUCCCAUAAUAAAAUUUAGCCUCGACGAUGAAUUUAGAUUAGCUUUAAAAAAGUUUCCAUUAAUCCUACUUUGUGUGUCUGUACCUUUAAUGCUAAUUAUGAAGUCUUUCUUUACAGCCAAAGAUCUUUUACACACUGAAUUUAUGUCAUUGAAUUAUUUGUGUUUCAAAUUUCAAUCAAAUUAUACUGAAAAUAUAAGUUGUCUUUAAAAUUACAGUUGGUGAAAAUACAGUUUUUUACUUAAGAACUUUAUUUAUCCGUUAGGAACUUCAUUUUCACUUUUGUUCAGAAAGGUUCAGUGUAAAAAAAGGGGAAAAAAUCCACAUAAUUCAAAAAACAAAAAAAUCACACAAAUUCAGUGUCAGUUUUAGCCUUUUUUCCACUGAAUUUUUCUAAAAAAAAAUGAUUUUUUUUUUUAAAUCAACAACAUUUCAAAGUACCUACAUUUUUUUAAAAUCGAAUUUUCAGUAUAAAAUCAUGUAAAAAAAAUCACAUAAAUUCAGUGUCAAAGUCAAAAAGCUUGGUAAUUAAAAAAAAGAACCUUCAUACUAACGAGCUGUGUGUGACUCCAAGGAGCGCUAUCGUGCACUUUAUUUUUUUACAUCAAAUUAUACUGAAAAUAUAAAUUGUCUUUAAAAUGACAGUUGGUGAAAAUACAGUAUUUUAACUCUCAGUUGGGCAAACAUGUUACUUACUUACUUAAGAACUUUAUUUAUCCGUUAGGAACUUCAUUUUCACUUCUGUUCAGAAAAUCAACAACAUUUCAAAAUACCUACAUUUAAAAAAAAAUCAAAUUUUCAGUAUAAAAUCAUGUAAAAAAAAUCAGUUCACAAAAUUCCUAAACAAAAAAAAUCACAUAAAUCACAAAAUCUGUUCAGAAAAGUUCAGUGUAAAAAAAGGAAAAAAAUCUAAAUAAUUUAUGUUUUAUGGAAUGCCAUAAAACACACACACACGUUCAGGCUGAAUAAUCUAUCCACGUGAAUAUUCAGUGUGUGUGUGUGUGUGUGUGUGUGUGCACAGCUUUUGAACAUGCUUAGCCUUUUUUACAUUUAUUUUUAGCCUUUUUUUCCACUGAAUUUUUCUAAAAUUAGUUUUUAAACUCCCAUUUUUUGAAAUCUUUUUUUUUUUAAAUCAACAACAUUUCAAAGUACCUACAUUUAAAAAAAUAAGAAUUUUCAGUAUAAAAUCAUGUAAAAAGAAAUCAGUUCACAAAAUUCAUAAACAAAAAAAAAUAAUCACAUAAAUUCAGUGUUAAAAAGUCAAAAAAGCUUGGUAAUUAAAAAAAGAACCUUCAUACUAACGAGCUGUGUGUGACACCAACGAGCGCUAUCGUGCACUUUAUCCAGAGACAUGAACUCAACCACAUAUAGACAAACAACCAUUCACACUCACAUUCAUACCUAUGGACAAUUUGGAGUCGCUAAUUAACCUAGCAUGUUUUUGGAAUGUGGGAGGAAACCGGAGUACCCGGAGAAAACCCACGCAUGCACGGGGAGAACAUGCAAACUCCACACAGAAAUAGAACACGGAGAUUGGAAUUGAACCCUAGUCUCCUAGCUGUGAGGUCUGUGCGCUAACCACUAGACGGCCGUGCCACCGAGUAACAUACUAGUUGAAUAAAAAAUGUCCUAAAACUGUCGCGGGGGUGCUGGAGCCUAUCCCAGCUGUCUUCGGGCGAGAGGCGGGGUACACCCUGGACUGGUGGCCAGCCAAUCACAGGGCACAUAUAGACAAACAACCAUUCACACUCACAUUCAUACCUAUGGACAAUUUGGAGUGCCUAAUUAACCUAGCAUGUUUUUUUGGAAUGUGGGAGGAAACCGGAGUACCCGGAGAAAACCCACGCAUGCACGGGGAGAACAUGCAAACUCCACAGAGAUGCCCGAGGAUGGAAUUUAACCCUGGUCUCCUAGCUGUGAGGUCUGCGCGCUAACCACUAGACCGCCGUGCCACCGAGUAACAUACUAGUUGAAUAAAAAAUGUCCUAAAACUGUCGCGGGGGGUGCUGGAACCUAUCCCAGCUGUCUUUGGGCGCGAGGCGGGGUACACCCUGGACUGCCAAUCACAGGGCACAUAUAAUCAAACAACCAUUCACACUCACAUUCAUACCUAUGGACAAUUUGGAGUCGCUAAUUAACCUAGCAUGUUUUUGGAAUGUGGGAGGAAACCGGAGUACCCGGAGAAAACCCACGCAUGCACGGGGAGAACAUGCAAACUCCACAGAGAUGCCCGAGGAUGGAAUUUAACCCUGGUCUCCUAGCUGUGAGGUCUGUGCGCUAACCACUAGACCACCGUGCCACCGAGUAACAUACUAAUUGAAUAAAAAAUGUCCUAAAACUGUUCUUUCUUUCCUGAAAGAAACAAACAUUUCCGAGUGUAUUCUUGUAGAACUGACUUUGCCCCGCCCACCAAUGUGUCUUUACCCAUGAAGCUUCAAGUCAAGCAGAACAAGAUGAACGUGUUUUUGGCGCAUAUCAUUAAACAAGACGUUUAUCGUUCACUCGUGCUAAAGCUCCUCAGGCGUCACAGUGGUUGACUUUUGCAUCUUAAGGGACCGGAGUGUUUGCUUUCCCACAAUGCUGCGAGUGUCCAUAGAACCUUGGACUGUCGCUUCUGCACUUACCGCGCUAACAUGCUAACGAGCUAACAUGGCAACCCUUUCUCUUUAUCGCCCACUGCAACCCCAAGAAGUUAUUCAAGUUUAUUGACUAAUAAUAAUUUAACAUAUUUUACUUCACGUUGUAUUGUGAUUGGUGGUGUUUUCUCUUACGUUGCCAGUUAACAGGAUCUAUUUGUUUGUAUGUCUGUGACAUGCGUACAUGAUUCUAAUAUUGUUGGAUAUCAUCGCUUCAGGAUAUCAGAUUUUAUAUUAUGUUCAAAUAUCCAUUAGUUGUAUGUUUACAGACAGUGUCUUUAACUCCAAUAUCAUGCAAGAGGAAAACUAAUAAAGUUAUUUUUAAAAGUGGAACUUGUUUGCUUGGCGUAUUUGGUAAAUUGACACAUUACAUCGGAAUAUUUAACUAAUAGGAAAAAUGUAUAGCUGUAUUUAUGUACCAGGAACUACACCAUAGUAAUGGUUGUAUUUCAUUUGAACAUGCAUCAGAUUCCAAUUGAAUGCAUCCCAUAAUCAGUUCCCAGUUCCAC